AGGGGCGGCCAGCGACGAUGCGGGAACCGGACGACGACGACGACGGCUGUUGCCACCGCGCUCGCGGGAGGAAGCGGACCAAGGUGGCGGCGGUGGCGGAGAUGGGGGCCCAGGAGGAGGGAACGAUCGAGCACAAAGUGUGCGCCCGGGUAGGGCUCCUCGGGAACCCCAGCGACGUCUACUUCGGCCGUACCAUCUCCUUCUCGCUCGGAAAUUUCUGGGCCUCCGUCCGGUUGGAGCCCUCCGAGGAUCUCGUCAUCCGCCCCCACCCCAUCCACGAUCUCGUCUCCUUCACCUCCAUCCACCAUCUGGUCCAUCGCUUACAAAGUGAGGGAUAUUAUGGAGGUGUUCGCUUGCUUAUGGCAAUUUGUAAAGUUUUCUACAAGCACUGCACCGAUAAUAAUAUAAAGUUAAAAGAAGGAAAUUUCACCCUGUCUUACGACACCAAUAUUCCUCGCCAGACAGGACUUUCAGGUUCAAGUGCCAUUGUUUGCGCUGCCUUAAACUGCCUCCUUGACUUCUACGGAAUUAGACACCUUGUAAAAGUUGAAAUCAGACCUGGGCUGAUUCUUAGUGCAGAAAAGGAGCUUGGAAUUGUUGCUGGUCUUCAAGACCGAGUUGCACAGGUCUAUGGAGGCCUUGUCUACAUGGACUUUAGCAAGGAAUAUAUGGAUAAAUCGGGGCAUGGCAUGUAUACACCCAUGGAUAUUAGUCUUCUCCCCCCACUGCAUCUCAUCUAUGCCGAAAAUCCAAGUGAUUCUGGAAAGGUGCACAGCACUGUUCGGCAAAGGUGGCUGGAGGGUGAUAAGUUUAUAAUAUCAUUGAUGGAAGAAGUUGCACGGUUAGCUGUAGAGGGUCGCAAGGCUCUACUUGAAAAGAAUUAUAUCAAACUUGCAGACCUAAUGAACCGAAACUUUGAGCUUCGGAGGCAAAUGUUUGGAGAUGACGUCCUGGGUUCUCUAAACAUCCAGAUGAUUGAAGUUGCCAGGAGUGUUGGUGCUGCAUCCAAGUUUACUGGCAGUGGAGGAGCUGUGGUUGCAUUUUGCCCUGAUGGACCCGAUCAAGCUAAGCUUCUUGAAGAGGCUUGCAAAAAAGCUGGUUUUAUUCUACAGCAGGCCAUCGUUGUUCCACCUGUUCUUAAUGAUGAAGACAUGAAAGCUUUAUCUAGCUAAUAAAAUGUCUGGAGCUUGUUGAUAUUCUCUCUAUUAUUGACCAGCAGAACCACCAUGAAAUCUUGAGUCAUUUAUCGAUUAUCUUUUACAUGAUGGGUUACAGUU